GCGGUGGCGGGGAGAUGGCGGGGCGGCGGCGGGCGCUGCCGGGGCUGCUGCUGCGCUGCCUCCUGCUGGGGCUGCUGGGCGGCGGCGGCGGGGGCCAGCCCGGCGGCGGCGAGUAUUGCCACGGCUGGGUGGACGGGCAGGGGGGCUACCACGAGGGCUUCCAGUGCCCCGAGGGCUUCGACACGGCGGUCGCCACCAUCUGCUGCGGCUCCUGCGCUCUGCGCUACUGCUGCGCCGCCGCCGAGGCUCGCCUGGAGCAGGGCGGCUGCACCAACGACCGGGAACCCUCGGAGCCGGGAGUCACCGCCCAACCAAUCUACGUUCCAUUCCUCAUUGUUGGAUCAAUAUUUAUUGCCUUCAUUAUCGUGGGCUCGCUGGUAGCAGUUUAUUGCUGCACAUGUUUAAGACCUAAACAACCAUCACAGCCAAUACAAUUUUCUCUACGGAGCUAUCAGACCGAGACUCUUCCCAUGAUCUUGGCCUCCACAAGCUUCAGGACACCAUCCAGGCAGUCCAGUACAGCGACAAGUUCCAGUUCGACCGGCAGCUCAGUUCGCAGGUUCUCCUUCCCCCGGGCAGAGCCAGGGUGCCUUGUGGCCUCCUCACCUCCACCGUACACAUCUGGCUGCUUCCAGACAGCCCAUGCAGUCCACCUGACCCAGCCAUCAGGAUUCCUGGUGUCUCCGCCGUACUUUGGGUAUCCUCUCCAGCCAGAGCCUGCCCUGGCUGGGAAGAGCUGCUCUGAUUUUACUCAGAGCUGAAAGAAGUUGUGCAGAAGUAGCACAGCCUUUGCAACCACAGGGGCUGCUGCUGUUGGGUGUCACACUGAUGUGCUCUGUGGCUGCAGAAGUCAGAACUGUUCCUGUGGGUGAGUUGCCCUCAAAAAGUGAGGGGUCUCACUUGAGAUUGCAUUUCCCAGACUUGGAUCUCGCUUAAAAAGGAAUUGUAAAACACUUCAAAUAGUUGCUCUAAAACCGGACUGCUCUGCCUAAUUUGUACAGAAUGUGUUCAGAGACAAGUAGAAGAACCAUGUUGGGACAAAGGUGUUAUAAAUGACAUUUUACCCUAAUGCAGUUAAUUUAGUUAACAAACAGUAGCUGCAUUCCACUGAUAAUAAUAAGACUAGUUCUAUAAAGCAGCAAUAAGCCUGAGAAGUAAGAGAGGAGUAAUACUAAAGAGGGUCCUUGAAAACAUCCAACUGCUUACCACUUCCAUGAGCAAUGGAAGUAAGAGGAAGAAUCUUAAUAGAUAUCAAAAUGCAGAGGUUUUUUAAAAAUACACAUAAUCUACCUGAACUUACACUGCCUAUUUGUAUUAGUAAACUUUGACAAUGGUAGAUAAAACGAGUACUAAUUAGCCUAGUUGAAGAUCAGUCAGUCCCACACAGCCAAAUUAUCUAUGAGGAAAGCAGAAUGUGUUCAGCAAUAUCACUGAUAACUUCUCCACAUAAAAUUCUAAAAAUAGUGUUCUACUAAAGCAUUCUUCAGAGGGAAGUAUUUAUUGUCAGCUUUUUGCUCAGCAAGUGUAAGUUGGACAAACUGAUUAUGAAGUUCUGUUUGUAAAAUUAGCCAUGUAUAAAACUUGAAGACAAGUUUGUAAUUUAAAAUGUAUUUACACCAUCACUAAUUAUUUAGUAGCAACACCCUAAAAAAUUACCAAUAAACUGUGUGGUUGAAAUGUUGUGUCAUUAGUAUGACUCUGUACAGGUAGUAUUUGUUGAAUUUGGUUGGUGUAACUUUUUUUUUCCUGUUAAAAUAGUUUAUUCUGCUUUUAAAAAUGAUUUACAAUUUUAACUGCACCUGUCGUGCAGAUUUAAUAUACAAAAUUCUGACUAUAUAGCAAACUAAUAGAUUCAUUUAUGUCUUUUACAUGCAGCUGUGAUGAAAAAGUGGUGAAAACGACACUGAUUAGUUGGGUAUUUUGGAUUAAACAUCCUGCGCUAGGAAUAAAUUCUGUUUGCCCUUCUACAUUCCUUCACCUAAGUAAACCAACAAACCAAAUGGAAG